AUGGUUUUUGAUUUCACUCCUGUUUUGAGCUCAAGUACAAAUCGUCAUUGUAACUUUCUUGUUGAGCGGAAAAAGAAUCUAUUUUCUUUUUCCCCAACAGGCAGCAGUACGAGCGAGGAAGAGAUCGACUAUAGUGUCGAAAAUCCGACCCAGAAAACUGAUUUUGGAAAUAAAAUGAUCAAUUUCUUUCCUUCGCCAGUACCUGUCACUGCGAGUGUAUUUGAGCGUGGUAUAAUUUUCGCUAUCUCAUUAUACGCUAGCAUGAGACUCGUCAAAAUAAUGGCUGCAAAUGAAGUUGGACGCAUUGAAAGUCUAGAUUUAAUUUUGCUUGCAAUUUGGACUUGGUGUGUCUAUUCUUUUGAUUUACCAAAUGAUGUCGAUGAUGGUGCAUUUUAUGGUACUUUAUUGGUUCCUACCGUAGCUGCUGCCAAGUUAGUAGAUAUUCACCGUUCAACAAGUGUGCAUGAUGACAUAAACAUCGUUUUGGAUUUUUCUUUUUAUGAAUAUCAAUUAGAAUUUUUCGAAGCAAAUUUUGAACUUUGCAUUGUUAUGGGAUGUGGAAUUUUGAUUCAUAUGUUUAUGUCUAAACACGUUAAUUUACCUAAUAUGUCCGUCAUUUGGGCGAUGACCAUAGUUACUCUUUUAUCUAUAAUGUUGGUUAUAUCAAUGGCUUCUUUAGGGCUCUUACCUUUGUUCGAAACGGUUGUCGCUCAAGCAAUUACAUUGCUUGCUGUAGAAUUAUGGGUCAUUACUGUUAAAAAGUUUAAACUUAUAAAGAUUCCGUCAUUAAAUCACCAUUUUCCAGGCGAUAUUACCAUCUUCCAAAUUGCCUUAGUUUUAGGAAUGUUCCUGAUAGGAAUCAUUCUCUCGCCCUUACUAGUAUAUUCAAGGAAUUUAGCUCAACGUCCAGCAUGGAAAAACAAACGUAAACGUGUUUUUCAUAAUGGUCGGAAAUGGACUUCUUUUGCCAUAUUUAUUGCAAAUAUGUCAGGCAUUCUAACCUUGGGUCUAGGUGAUGCUAUGGCGUCUAUAGUUGGUAAACGUUAUGGUCGUAGACGUUGGCCUGGAACAUCAAAGACAGUUGAAGGAACCAUUGCGUUUAUUAUAUUCCAUUUAUUGGGCGCAUUUGCCGUGACCCGGUUAUGGUCAAGGAAUAAUUUAUUGCCAAGCAUAGAAGAGUGGUUAUAUUAUACGCUUGCUGUCUCAAUUACAGAACAUAUAUCAGGUCUUCGGGCAUACCAUAAUACUUUAUAUGAUAUCCAACUAUCUCGUAAAAUAUUUUAUGAUGGUUUACGUCCAGUCAUUCCAAAAAAUGUACCAAAAUUAGUUGCUAAAUUGAUUAUUAAAUGUUGGAAUAUUCAACCAGACAAAAGACCAACUUCUAAAGUUAUAUAUGACACUAUAAAUACAUGGUAUAAUGAGAUUCUAGACGAUAAACCAACCGAAAUCGUUGCACAAAUAAAGGAGGCAGAUAAAAUACUUGAAUCCAAAAUGUCAACAUCAUCUGAUUUCGAUACAUAUCCUGAAACUUGUGUCAGCAGGCAAUUUGAUGCUCUAAGUGCUAUGGAUAUAG